UUUUCGAACGUGCCCGAGGCGGGACGGCCAUCCAUCCUUCCAUCCCACCUCGUCUCCCGCCGCCUGCUGGUCGCUGCCACUAACACACACGACCCAAAGCUCCGAGCUCGAAACCAACCCUCAAACCCGCAGCACACGACCUACCCAUCCGCACCCAUUUUAUAUACAUGCCAAGCUCGAACCUGGCCCGUUUCGUGAGUCCCAGACUGCCAAUUGCUUCCCUGGUCAGGGGUUUGAAGGCCAGGGUAAACCAUCCCGAGUACGUCUUAGGUAUACCCGGGUCCUACCCGUUGCCUCUGACCGUUCAGAACAAGCCAGUCCUCCACCCCCUCCGCCCGCCCUCCCCAGUCCCUCCGCCAGCAAAUACGCCCUGCGAUACAGAUCCUCGUCUACAAAAAGCCGCCGCGAGAACCCAAGAACAUCUGGUACGCCUGACAUCACGGCCCUGGCGGCGAGAGGAACUGCCCACUAUCACCAACCAUGCCGCAACCCCUCAGCUCGAAGGAGAGCUCUCUCUUUCGGCAAGUCAUCCGCAACUACGAGGACAAGCAAUACAAGAGGGGGUUGAAGGCGGCCGAGCAGAUCCUCAAGAAGAACCCUAAGCAUGGAGAUACCAUGGCCAUGAAGGCCCUGAUAAUCAACCAACAAGGGAAGACGGACGAGGCCUUUGCCUUGGGGAAAGAGGCUCUGACCGCUGACAUGAAGUCGCACAUAUGCUGGCAUGUCUACGGUUUGUUGUACCGCCACCAGAAGAACUUCGAGGAGGCUAUCAAGGCGUACAAGUACGCGCUCAAGCUAGAGCCGGAAUCGCACCAGAUCCAGAGGGACCUAGCCUUUCUCCAGGUCCAGAUGCGCGAUUACCAAGGCUAUGUACAGAGCAGAGCAGCCAUGCUUCAGGCGAAGCCCCAGCUGAGGCAGAACUGGACUGCCCUCGCUGUCGCGCAUCACCUGUCUGGGAACCUAGCCCUGGCCGAAAAGGUGCUAACCACCUACGAGAAUUCUUUGAAGACGCCGCCGUCUAAGACCGACUACGAGAAUUCGGAGGCCGUGCUGUACAAAAACUCGAUCAUCGCCGAAAUGCAAGACUACCAGCGGGCUUUGGAUCACCUGGAGUCCGUUGCGAAGCACAACCUGGAUCGUCUCGCCGUCUUGGAGCUCCGUGCAGAGUAUCUGUCGAAGCUCGGUAGAAAGGAAGAGGCGGCCGAUGCCUACCGCGCCCUGCUUGCCCGAAACUCGGAACAUCCCGAGUACUAUGCGAAGCUUGUGGACGCCUUGGGCAUUAAUCCCGAGGAUCACAGUGUCCGAAAGGCCAUUUAUGACGAAUAUGCCCAAAAGAACCCCCGCUGCGAUGCCGCCAAACGGCUACCCUUGGACUUUCUUGUGGGCGACGACUUCCGCGAAGCAGCCCGGAACUAUUUGGCAUUUAUGCUUGAUAAGGGGGUCCCGUCGACGUUCGCCAAUCUCAAGCAUCUCUACGCUGAUCCGUUCAAGAAGAACACGCUUGGGUCCCUAGCACAUGAGUAUCUCGAGGCGAAGCGUGCGUCGGCCGGGGAAAACGGGGCGCUCAAUGGCGACGCGCUCAAGGGAGAGCCAGCAGCACUGUAUUACCUCUCGCAGCACUACAACUACCACCUCAGCCGGGACCUGACCAAAGCGAUGGAAUUCGUAGACCGUGGAAUCGAACUGUUGCCCAAGAAUGUCGAGUUCCACAUGACUAAGGCCAGGAUAUGGAAGCACUUCGGAAAUACCCAAAAGGCCUCCGAGACUAUGGAUCAGGCCCGCAAGCUUGACUUGAAAGACAGGUACAUCAACACUAAAGCGGCAAAGUACCAACUACGAAACAACGAGAGCGAAGCCGCCCUUGAGACUAUGGGUCUCUUUACGCGAACCGACUCUCCGGGCGGCCCACUGAACGACCUCCUUGACAUGCAGAGCGUGUGGUAUCUAACAGAGGAUGGCGAGUCGUGGGUGCGCAACGGAAAUAUCGGACUUGCUCUGAAGCGAUUCCACGCCGUCUACAACAUAUUCGAUGUGUGGCAAGAAGAUCAAUUCGAUUUCCACAGCUUCUCGUUGCGGAAGGGACAGAUUCGCGCCUACGUGGACAUGAUCCGGUGGGAGGAUCGCAUCCGCGAACAUCCGUUCUACACACGCGCCGCUCUAGGAGCCGUCGCCGUCUAUUUGAGCAUGUACGACAGCACCCGACUCAUUAACGGCGCGGGAGGACCGACGGAUGCCAACGGAGACGAGGCUGCGGAGAGGAAGAAGGCAGCCAAGAAAGCUAAAAAAGAGCUUCAGAAAGCCGAGCGCGAGGCGGCUGAGAAGGUUGCCAAGCAAGACCCCAACAAGCCGAAAGGGACCAACCCCGAACCCGUUAGGAAGGAUGACGAUCCGAACGGAUAUAAGCUUGCCACGACGGCCGACCCCUUGGCCGAAGCUACCAAAUUCGUUGCCCCUAUCCUUCAGUUUAGCCCCAAGUAUCUCGAUGGGCAGGUAGCCGGAUUCGAGGUCUUCAUGAGGAGAGAGAAAUACCUUCUCGCCCUUCGCUGCCUGAAUGCCGCGCUGACCAUCGACGCUGAAAACCCCACUAUCCACGAACAGGUGGUCCGAUUUCGCCAAGCUCUUAAUUCGAAGAUCGAUUCUCUGCCUUCGAAGACCGUCGAAGUACUCAAGUCUGUAUUUACCCUGGUAGAUAGUUCUACAGACCUUAAGAACUACAAUGCCGACUUUUGGGAGAAACAUAAGGAUAGCGCGGCGCACGUCAUAUCUGCGAUCAAGAUCGAGAGAUUUCUGGGAGGGGACAAGGCGAAGACCGAGAAAGAUAUCGCUACUGUGCUCGACAUUCAAGACGUGCAUUACGAGCAAGCGGAAGAGGCCCUAGCCAUUUUAAGGCAAUGGCGCAGCAGCGAGGCGGACGCUUUUAAAGCGGCUGCCCAUGAGAAGUGGCCCAACGUUACCGCAUUCGUGUGAUGGCCUCUCAGGCUUCCCUCGAAAGCGGCCUCAUUUUCCUGCCUAUCUCUACCACUGUCUUCCAUAUUGAAAUCCCUCCCGUUGACAAUUCUAGGGACGAAGAAGGGGGGGGGAUCUUCUCGUCGCAUUCGGUUCUCAACAAGGUAGACAACGUUUGAGUGUCACAUCAUGCAUGGAUCGGGGGUCCGGUUAACAGCUACGUAGCAGGGAAAGGAGGGAGGUGAAAAAGUGAAGGGGUGAAGGCAGCGGAUAGAUGUAUGCAUGCUUAUGAGUGGCAGUAAAUAGCAGGGAGGGAUAAAGCAACUCGAAAAGGGACAAAUAGAUUCCCCAGUACUCUUCGAAAAGACAUGUAGGCGAGGACAUUCAGUCGAAGAUGGUCUGGGCGUGUAUCAGUAAGAUGAAGGUCCCUGGGCGCCACAUAUAUAUAUAUAUAUAUGUAGGUAGUGAUCAUGAUUGCUCCAUGAUUAGCCCACGCAAAGGGGGGUUGAAAGAUCUUGAAUAACCAACUGAAACCGCAUCGGGGUAUCGGCGAUAGAUUAUAUUAUGAGUUAGGUAGAGACCUACCCUGAUCUCCUAUUCUAAGAUAUAAUGGUAGUUAUUUCAAAUCCG